AUGAACCGCGCCAUGAAGCACGCUCGCCAAGAGAGUACUGGUCCAGUCACCCGUGCGGCGAAAAAGAACAGAGCGCGAUCCCCGAGUCCCUCUCCGAUCGCCAACCCUCCCCCUCCCGACAGCGCGGCUGCGCCCCCCGUUCCUCACGAGGACACGGACGUCGUAGUCGCGGUGGGUAUCAAGGGCACAUCGGCUCCUUUGCUCGAACACUCGGCUAUCAUGGCAGCGUCCGGACCUGUCGACAUGGCUGCACCGGGCGGUCAGGCGUCCGCAGCUACUCUCAGCAUCACUGCUGUACCCGACGCUGCCGCAAACGCUACAUCCGCCGGCGCGCUAUCUCAGCCCACCACAUCGCCCGAUCUGCGCGCGGUGGUCGUACCUACGGCCGUAUCGGCGCCAGCGUUUGCGCAAGUUCCUGAGAUUGUGCAGCAGGCUCUCGCCCCUUCCUCUGGUCAGACUGGCGUGGUAGCCCCUGUCGUUUCAGGUGAUUCUGGGCCAGUCGCCUCUGCCAGCACACCGGCGUCCCUCGGCCAGGUUUCACUUGAGGUACCCUCCGAGCUUGCCGGCGAGGUCAUCGCCGCUGCUCCGACGGUGGCAGCCAGCAACGGACAAGUUGAAACACAGCAACCUGCAUCAGCGGUGGACUCUAACCUCAUGCUGGGUGCUGUCCCGCAGAUCGGUUCUGCAGCUCCGCCUGCUCAGCGUGCGCUUCUGCCCUCCGCGGACGUCCCAGACCCCGUUCCUCGUCCUGCUGUGAUGUUUUUGGAGCUUGAUUACGUGCCACUCGAGGUCUUCGUCCGGCUUCGGAACAUAGUGCGUUUUCGAGACGUCACAAGCAACCGAUUUGCUGUGACGAUGGUCCCUCGCACCGCAGACUGGGGCCGCGCUCCUCGCACCGAAAAGAUUCUUUGUAUUGGAGGGAAACCCGUCUUAAUCUGGCUCGUCGGUCGUGUGCGGAGCCUGUGGUUUUUUGACCGCAAUGGCGACCCCCAUCUUCGCGUAAAUCUCGGAUUCACGCUGCACUCCGCCGAGGAAAGUGCUGCUGCAAGCGAGCUCUUCGGACGUGCUCGUCCGCGUGCAGAAUCCACACCGACCACGUUGUACGCAGGCAGGAUCUGCAGUCAGCGUGAGAGAGGCGCGUAUUGCGACACGCCUGCCGCGUUCAGACAGGUUUACGAUGCUACGACCUGUUUAACCGCGAAGUCCGCCAUGCCACAACUGAGUCCCGUCGAAUUAGGGAAAAACGACGUCGUCGUCGUGGAAUGCACCUUCACCCGAUGGAGGCAUGCGACGGAGGGAAAGUCCAAGAAAUCCUGGUCAACUUUUGAUGUGGGGUUUGAGCUGAUGAGUAUCUUCCUUCUCUACUCUGCGCCGGCCGAUGUGUCGGAUGGAGACAAUGUGGAUGCGGUAGACGAGAUCACGGCUCAACUAUAA